AAAAUAUUCCAGAAGAAGAAACAUCAAAGAAAGCUUCAAACUUCCUUCUCUGUUUCCCUCCUUUCUUCUCCCCCACAACCAAUGUAAACCCUACAAAGAUCUCUCUAAAGAUCUCUUAACAAGAAGACAAUAAUUCGUGUUCUCUCUUCGUUUAUGUCCUCUCUUUAUUAACUCGAGCCCAAUAGUCUCCGUCUCUCAACUGAAAAUACAGAGGAAAAAAAAGUAGAAAGACAGAACAUUUGCUGGAGAACAGAGGUACAUAUAUACACACAUACACACACUCAUAUACAAGUAUCUGUGAACUAUAAUGGCCUCUGAGCUGAAACAAACUCUAACAAAGAGAUACGGUGCACUUGAACUAUGGGAGAUCAUAGUCAUUGCUCUCUUUGCAGCCUUCAUACUAAUCCUCUUCAUCUCAGUAUGGCUCAGCUUCCGUAAAAAAUCCAAAAGAUCCAACUUCACACAACUUCUCCCCUUAACCGAAACCCCUCGCCAUCAAGAUGAAAUCAAAGACAUAAGUGUUGAUCAUGUUUCAUCUAACAACAACAAUGGAACAACUCAUCAAACACUAGAUGGCAAGUUCAGCGAGAGAGACAUUGAGAAUGGUGAUAACUAUGAGAAAACAACAGCUGUUGUGUCUCCUAUAGAACCAACUCCUUCACCUCUCUCUGGUCUUCAAGAAGGUUCUCAAAUUGGUUGGGGUCAUUGGUUCACUCUCCGUGACCUUCAGCUCGCUACUAACCAUUUCUCAAAAGAGAAUAUCAUCGGUGAUGGUGGCUAUGGAGUUGUGUACCAUGGAACUUUAGCUAACAAGACCCCUGUGGCUGUCAAGAAGUUGCUCAACAAUCCAGGACAAGCUGAUAAAGACUUCAGAGUUGAAGUGGAAGCAAUAGGACAUGUCAGGCACAAGAACUUAGUUCGGCUUCUUGGUUAUUGCGUUGAAGGAACACAUAGGAUGCUUGUUUAUGAGUACAUGAACAAUGGGAACUUAGAGCAGUGGCUUCACGGUGACAUGAAUCACAAAGGGCAUCUCACUUGGGAGGCUAGAAUCAAAGUUCUUGUUGGCACUGCAAAAGCGCUGGCUUACCUUCAUGAAGCUAUUGAGCCGAAAGUGGUGCAUAGAGACAUAAAGUCAAGUAAUAUACUGAUGAAUGACACCUUUGAUGCUAAGUUAUCUGAUUUUGGUCUUGCUAAGUUGCUUGGAGCUGAUAAAAGUUAUGUGAGUACUCGAGUUAUGGGUACAUUUGGGUAUGUUGCACCUGAAUAUGCUAACUCUGGUCUCCUAAACGAGAAGAGUGACGUGUAUAGUUUUGGUGUUGUUCUAUUGGAAGCUGUUACUGGAAGGUAUCCAGUGGAUUAUGAACGGCCUAAAGAAGAGGUGCAUAUGGUGGAGUGGUUGAAGCUAAUGGUUCAGCAGAAACAGUUUGAACAAGUGGUGGAUAAAGAGCUUGAGAUCAAACCAACGACAAGUGAACUUAAAAUAGCGCUUUUGACAGCUUUGAGAUGUGUUGAUCCUGAUGCAGACAAGAGGCCAAAGAUGAGUCAAGUUGCUCGAAUGCUUGAAUCUGAUGAAUACCCUGUGAUGCCUAGAGAGGAACGAAGAAAAAGGAGAGGUCAGAACGCAGAGGUGCCUAAAGAAAGCAAAGAGACGAAUAAAGAUGAUACCAUAACAGAUGUAAAGAUAUGA